CUUUUGGGGUUUUCCUAUAAUAGUUUCGAUCCAACUGCAAUGAAUCUCUAGACCCCAUCGGCCCACCACCAUCCGUUCUGGCUUGGGGAAAUCUACGCCGCUCCACUACGCAGACCACCGCUUGGCUCAGAGGCGUGAACCGAAGGGCGCAGCGCAGGGAGGGGGCGGACCCCGGAGUGAGGCGUUACGAAACCUUCAGGCACCGACGGCCACUCCUCGCAGGGGAGGGACCGAGGGCCCGGGCCUCGUUCUCUAGAAGUCGCAGCACUGGAUCCCAGAACUCAGUGCUCCGUGGCCGAGCCUCUGCAGCGCGCUCCCGAGUGGCUCCCAGCCCCGGGCCGCUCCCCACGCGCCAAGUGCCUUCCCCGGCCAUGUCCUGCAGCCGGGUGGCGCUGGUGACCGGGGCCAACAAGGGCAUCGGCUUCGCCAUCGCGCGCGACCUGUGCCGGCAGUUUUCGGGGGACGUGGUGCUCUCUGCGCGGGAUGCGGAGCGGGGCCGGGCGGCCGUGCAGCAGCUCCAGGCCGAGGGCCUGAGCCCCCGCUUCCACCUGCUGGACAUCGGCGACCUGCAGAGCAUCCGCGCCCUGCGCGACUUCCUGCGCAAGGAGUAUGGGGGCCUCAACGUGUUGGUCAACAACGCGGGCAUCGCCUUCCAACCUGAUGAUCCAACACCCUUUGACAUUCAAGCUGAGAUAACACUGAAGACCAACUUUUUUGCCACAAGGAAUGUCUGCAUCGAAUUACUGCCCAUAAUGAAACCUCAUGGCAGGGUGGUGAACGUCAGUAGUUUGGAGGGCUCCAAAGCCCUUGAAAAUUGCAGCACCGAUCUACAGAAGAAGUUCCGAUGUGAGACGCUCACGGAAGAGGACCUGGUGGACCUCAUGAACAAGUUUGUGGAGGAUGCGAACAAUGAAGUGCACGAGAGGGAGGGCUGGCCCGACUCGGCUUACGGGGUGUCCAAGCUGGGGGUCACGGUCUUAUCAAGGAUCUUAGCCCGGCGCCUGGAUGAGAAGAGAAAAGCCGACAGGAUUCUGUUGAAUGCGUGCUGCCCGGGGUGGGUGAAGACGGACCUCGGUGGGCCUUGCGGCCCCAGGACUGCGGAGGAGGGAGCUGAGACCCCUGUCUACUUGGCCCUCCUGCCUCCAGAUGCCACCGAGCCACAUGGGCAGCUAGUCCAUGACAAAGUCGUCCAAAACUGGUGAAUGUCUGCUUUGGUGCUUAAUGCUUAAUAAAUGUCUGUGGAGCAAAUGAGUGAA